AUGUACCGCCCAUACCAAUUACCACGACUUCAUACUAAUCCCCAACUAUAUCCCCUUACAUCAAGAAUCCGCCUCUUCUCUAGAAUCCCGUCUACACAAGCUCAUCAAUCUCCGAAUCAAGGCAGGAAUACUCCUACUCCUACCCCUUCAAUCAACAAAACAUCCAUCUUCAAUCCUGAAUUCUGGUCCUGCGCCUCAACAUGGAAAAGAGCUCGAUUAAACACCCUCCGCUGCCUCCUCGGUUGCACAAUCGGCGAUUUCUCAGCCAUGUGGACACUCCAAUCUUUCUACCCUGAGCUAGGCACGAAUACUACAAUGCUCGCUUCCAUGGCAUCCGGAAUUGCAACGUCCAUCAUACUGGAGACCGUCCUCCUUAAACGUGGCGCGGAUGGAUUAUCCUGGAGUAGAGCUUUGCGAACAGCAAUGGGUAUGAGUAUGGUAUCUAUGAUUGCGAUGGAAGUAGCCGAGAAUGCGGUGGAUUAUCAUCUUACAGGUGGAAGGGUGGUAUUUGAUGAUCCGAGAUUCUGGCUUGCCGCUGGACUUUCGGUUGGGGCGGGAUUUUUGGCUCCGUUGCCGUAUAAUUAUUUGAGGUUGAGGAGGUAUGGGAAGGCUUGUCAUUGA